AAACAGAACGACCAAGAUUCUGCCAUCCCAUCUAAUUGUGGAAAGUCUUCGCAGAAGCCCACCUUGCCGGACUCUGAUAGACACUCGCUAGGACGCUGUGUCAAUCUAGGUAUAAAAGGCUUAUUGCAUCGCGAAGCCCAUCAUCCUGAUCCCCCACCAUCGCCUUGUUAUCUACAUAUAUACCAAGCAACACACUUUUGGAACGGCAGACAGGCAUUACAUCAUCAUCUUUUGCCAACAACCGCGCCUACUAGUUGCAGUACCAACUGGAUCCCGGGCUUAAGAUGCCGCCAUCACCAUCUGUCACGUCAGCCAAGUUUCUAACAAGUCAGCCUUAUUCCUAACGCAUAAGAGCUUACGUGAUCCCCUUGGAGUUGAAGACAUCUGCCAUGUCUCCGCCAUUCCCAGUCAUAUAUCUCCUCUCAACACACCUCAACACCGAUAGGCUGCGCGCCCUCGAGGCGCAGAUAACAACAAUAACUUACAACGCUCAAGAAGCCGAGGUUGUGCUGGGGAACAUCAGCAAGAAGCAACGGGCCAUGUUCGAGCUCCGCCGCCUCGGUCUAUGGACCAGCGAAGUUCCCACGUCUAACGUCGCGACAGAGCCUCCCAAAAAAAGGCCGAGGCAUACAUCAUCAGCAAACAACAACGAUGAGGCCUGGUUGUUAGGCUCGCAGCCGGUGGGAACAGAUAAUCAGGGUAUCCGCGGCACUGUACCCGGCUCAGGCAAGGUGACUGUCGUGAAGCUUACGUGGUUUACCGAAUCCACCAAACUCGGACAAGUGUUGCCCUUUGGCGACCAUCUCCUCUACGAAGGAAUCAAACUCGCUGGGAGCUACGAAGUCAACGACCCCCGCUCCCCUCCUUCAAAUCUCCCACCUAUACCUCAGCGAUCCCGAUCGGGCGUUGUGGGAGCAUCGAGCCAGCAACCCACAGCCAAGACAUCGACAGCCACACAUCGCUCAUCCCAGGUACCGAGCCUUUUGCGCCAGAGCACCUCGGAACACGAGGCCGCUCGGCACAUGCCUACCAUGCCCGACUUCCUGCGCACUGUUUACUCGUGCCAGCGACCAACGCCCAUACAUCCUCCCAAUGAGGCCUUCAUAAACCAGCUCGCGAAGAUCAAGACCACACGGCUUCUAGCCGGUGACAGAAUUGGCGUCCGCGCGUAUUCCAGCGCAAUGGCCAGUCUUGCGGCAUACCCAUACGUCUUGGCAUCUCCUGAAGAGGUUGAUAGACUCCCUAACUGCGGCCCCAAAUUCGCCGUCUUGUUCCAGGAGUUCCAGCGCCAGGGAGGGGUCAUCAGAGAGGCUCAGGAGGCCGAGCUGGACCCGAAGCUCUCGGUCAUAAAGAAUUUCUACGAUGUGUGGGGAGUCGGAGAUGUUACUGCCAAGAAAUGGUACGACAAUGGUUGGAGGGACCUGGACGACGUCGUUGAAUACGGCUGGGAGACACUCACUCGGGACCAGCAGAUCGGCGUAAAGUUCUACGACGAGUUCCUGCUCAAGAUCCCACGCGAUGAGGUGGAGAAAAUAGCAGAUACCAUACUCGAACAUGCAAAUCGACUCAGGAACGGGUUUCAGAUGGUCAUCGUUGGUGGAUACCGCCGAGGCAACAAAGAGAGCGGCGACGUCGACAUCAUGCUCAGCCAUCCUGACGAGAACGCCACUCGCAACCUCGUGACCCAUCUUGUCGUUGCUCUCGAGGGCAGCAACUACAUCACGCACACACUCGUGCUGAGUACCAAGAACUCGGAGCGCGGGCAGGUCACGCUGAGCUGGAAGGGCGAGGUGAACAAGGUGCCCGGGUCCGGGUACUGCACGCUGGACAAGGCCCUGGUCGUCUGGCAAGACCCUAGCUGGGCGGCCGGCGGCAACAACACCGAGAAGAACCCGAACCCGCACCGGCGAGUCGACAUCGUCGUGACGCCCUGGAAAACGGCCGGCUGCGCGUUGCUGGGCUGGACCAGCGGCACGACGUUCCAGCGCGACCUGCGCAACUACUGCAAGCGCGAGCGUGGGCUCAAGUUCGACAGCAGCGGCAUCCGCAGCCGCACGAGCGGGCGCUGGCUCGACCUGGAGAGCGGCGAGGACGGCUCGCCGGCCCCGGACAUGCUGACGGCCGAGAAGAGGGUUUUUGCCGGUCUCGAGCUGGAGUGGCUCUCUCCGGAAGAGCGGUGCACUGGAUGAUGCAUAAACAGGUAGCUAACCAAGCGCGACUGUGAGAUACAGGUCUGAAAACUAUAUCGGCUGGCAAAGAAUAGCCCCUGAAGCACAUUUUCUCGGGACAAGAACCCCAGGCAGGGGAUACGAGAAAACACCAAGGGAUGCAGAUGACGAGGAGUAACGCGCAGAACACUAGCUUGGGAGCCUUGCAGCACUGAAAUAUGUUUUCGUCAUUUUAAUGGGAGUUUCUAGUCUAGCGUACUGGUACAGCGGCCGUUCUCCUCCUUGUCCCUCCCAUCACCGGCACAUCACACAACACCAUGAAAUGAUUACCUGGUCAUGGCCCAGCCGGUGUAGCCAGCCAUGACGAUGAGAGGGUAGGCGGUGAGGUAGUGGCCCAAGAUGCCGCUUCAAAUAAAUGGUCAGCGGGUUCUACCCCUAAUGUUUGCCGGCAUGGGCAGGCUGGCUGGCCAAAGAUGGGUCGACUUACGUUGUGCGUGCCUUGGGGCCGCCGGCGCUGUACAUCUUGGCGUAGAGCAGGCGGGAGAAGACCCAGGCGGCACCGAGAGAGGCGCUGGCGAGGGGAGUCCUCAGCCCCGAAAUGAGGAGGGCGCCGAGGAAGGAGGUGUGCUACGGGCGGUGAGAGAAAGGGUGUGUCAACAAGCUAUUUCCUCCUACAUAGGGGACACCAACACGCAACCCACCAUGAUAUUCUUGAUGAACAUGAAAUAAAAUAAAAAAAAGGCACUCACGUUCUCGGUAAAGUUUGCGUGGGCGCGCUGGGCGCAGUUGAACGCAUACGCGUUGGGGUCCUUGUCGGCGAGGGCCUUGUCGGCGUACGAGACGGGGUACGCGAGGCCCGACUUCUUGCGGGCGCUGACGGUGAACAAGCCGUGGAUGAAGCUGAGGAAGAAGGACGAGGACGCGACCAUGAGCACGUAGCCGUACUCGGCCGGCAGGUUGAGGCUGACGAUGCUUCCCGACAUGUUUGCGGUGGUGGGGUGGGAGGGACUGCGGUGAUGUUUUUGGUGAUUGAGUGUUGUGUCUUGUUAUUUUCGAAUUUGAAAGGAGUCCGAGCGAGCAAAAAGA